AGAAAUAUCACCGCUGGAUGUAGGCGGUGGCAUGAGAGGAAUUCCGUGGCGAGUUUACAGACCCGAGCGUUUCCGAACCGUGCCGAGGUUUACCGAAGCGCGCCGAGGUUUUCCGAACCGCGCCGAGGUUUACCGAAGCGUCUGUCUAUUAGAAGCGGCCGCACACGCCAUGUUGAGGUAACUCACCCAGCUGAAUGAGAGAUUUACAGAAUGAAGUGACUGACGGAGUAAAAGCGGAGUGAACAAAAAAGUCUGAGGAAUUUCUGGAAAGGUCUGGAAAGAUACAGGGCGUAGAAGAGGGGUGCCAACCCCCCCCCCCCCCCCCCACCCUCAACGGUCCAGUCCCCAUGAAGAGCUGCACGUACAAGCCGGACGAGAAAAACGCAGUAAAAAUGCUGUUUUUAUAUCAAUAUUGAGCUUCCAUGGCGCUAAGUUCGUUUCGGCCUGCUGAAAGAAGACGCGCCUGUGUGCGCUAGUUCGGUGUACUGUCAGUGUUUAGCCGCGUAUUGUUGCCUUUUGUUUGUUUUGGGGGGUUUUAACCAUGAGCUUAGUACCGAAAGCAGCCACCGUGGUGGGACCUCCGCCGAGCCAGCUGCGGGUAAACCCAGUGCCGGGAGCCGCGGGUGCUCCUCAUCCUCCCUCGGUACCGGUACCGCCGCCUCAAAUCCCAAGGGUGCCACUGUCAUUGGAAGACCGGAUAUUUCCUGCCCAACCUGGAGUGACUGCGAUCUAUAGCGUCCCGAGGCUCCCCGCUUCCCCCUACCAAGGACACGAUCUGAGCAAAGGCCUCGCCCCCUCAUCCGCUCUGUCUCAGGUAGCAGCACCUCCAGCACCCACCUACCGGUACCUAAAAGGCUGGGAGCCAGGAGGACCAUCUCUUUACAACCCGACACAAAAUGCAGCCUCUGCUUCCCUUAUAUACUCUCCACAGACACAAGCAGUAAAUGUACAGCCUGCUCGACCGUUUGUAACGGGACCUCGACCCACCCACCACCAGUUCCUGUCUAGAGCUCAGAUGCAGACGCCUCGACCCGCUCUCCCCACCGGCACCGCUUCACUACGACCCAGCUCUCAGACCCCCACCGCUACCGCCGUGUAUCCCCAUAACCCGACUCUUAUGAUGACCAUGACUCCCAUGGCCUUUCCCUCUGCACAAACAGCCCAGUACUACAUCCCUCAGUAUCGUCAGAGUCCUUCCUUUGUCGGACCCCCGCAGCAGUUCACUGUCCCACCACCUGCCACUGGAACCUUCUUUCCAGGCCCAGGUCCGGGAGAAUACCCAGCACCCUACGCAGCUGCUCCUGGUCCGACGUACUUUCCCAGCCAGGCCGUGUUUCCCUCCUCCACCCCCUUUAUAGUGCCUACAGUGCCGCAGCAGCCUCCACCGGUCAAACGUGAGAAGAAGCCGAUCCGAAUCCGAGACCCCAACCAAGGUGGAAGGGACAUAACAGAGGAGAUCAUGGCUGGUAGCGGGAAUACCACGCCCCCUGUGGGACGUCCUCUCUCCACCCCCACCCCUCCUCAGCGAAGUGCCAGUCAGACUCCAGAGAUGUACUACAGCAUGGACCCUCCUUACAGGCUCAGCCCCGCGCCGUCAGACAGUAAACCCAUAUCAGAAGACAAGCCUAGAGCCGAACUCACUUCCCAUAAAUCCUCAUCUCCUGGAACUUCAGAGUGCUUCUUAGAAAAAAGAAAAACUCCAAAUCUUCCAUUAUCAGACUCCUCAUCUCUAACAAACUCUGAAGCCCCGCCUAGUUUCUCUCUUUCUCUCGGCACCUGCAAGCCUACAACUUCAGGAGAACCAGAAGAACCUUCUAAGAUCUCCACUGUCCGAGCUCCAUCUCCAGCUCCCGUCGGGAGAGAAUCUUUCCCAGAGACGUCUCCCAGUCGCUUAGACUCGCCCUCUUUACCAGUAAAAGCAGUCAACGGUCUAGCCGAGUCCCCCGUACCUUCCCCAAUCUGUGAGCAAGCCAUCCAGGCACAAGAAGCGCCCUCGGCUUCUGUGCCCAGCCCUCACUCCUCAUCGCCGACUUCAUCGUUCAGAGAAGAUCAAAAAGAAAUACCAGUUUGUAAAGAGAUCCAGGCUGAGGUUCCUGUCCCUGUUUCCAAGAAGCCAGUCACUCGGUCCACCUCACUACCCCUUAACUCCAGGUCUCCUGUAGCACCACCGCCUGGCCUGUCUAUAUUAGUUCAGCCUCCGAGCAAUGACAUACACGAUCUGAGUACGACCCCCGGCACUAAUGAUGUGCACCUGAGAGAUGAGACGACGGCACAGGAUUCUGACGGCAGUCUGAAUAAUUCCAGGAAGGUCACUCCAACAGAACAAGCUGCUUCUGAUGCUCCAAAUGGCUUUAAAAGACCAACCGAAGACUGUGAGACCAUAGAGCUUCUGCACAAAAUGAAAGAGGAGGAGCCCAAAACCGACGAAUCUACUAAAGAUGAAGUCUCUCAACCAGCCUCAGAAGCUAUAAACGGCUUAUCUGCUCCAGCUUAUGUUCCAGAGGAGAACGGAGAGUUAGAAUCUGAACCUCUGAAUAAUGGAGACAGUCCAGAGUUGGAAGCAGACAGCGUGGACAGCACUCUGGAGGAGAGCAAUGGCUCUACAGAGCCACCAGUAGCCAUGCAGGAGGUUCUCGAGCAGCCCAGUGGGAAAAUCCAGUAUGACCGAGACUUCCUGCUCGGCUUCCAGUUCAUGCACGCUUGUGUGCAGAAACCAGAGGGCUUACCUCCAAUCACAGAUGUAGUUCUAGAUAAGAUCAACCAAACGAAGGUACCGCUGAGGGCAGUGGACUCGCGGGCGCUCUCCCGAGGGCCCGACUUCACCCCGGCGUUUGCUGACUUUGGCAGGCAGUUACUAGGAGGACGGGGAGCAGCACUCAUCAACAUGGUUCCCCGGCGACCUCUGCCCCGCAAGGUCAUCAUGAACAUUUCAGUGAAUGACGAGGUGCAGCUGAAGAAGGCUGAGAAUGCCUGGAAGCCUGUCAUGAAAAGAGAUUCACUGGUGGAAGACAAUGAAGCGCAGAAAACACAGGAGCUUUUCCGGAAGGUUCGGAGCAUCCUGAAUAAACUGACCCCUCAGAUGUUCUCGCAGCUGAUAAAGCAGGUGACGGACCUCCUCAUCAACACAGAAGAGAGACUCAAAGGAGUCAUCGACCUGGUGUUCGAGAAGGCCAUCGACGAGCCGAGCUUUUCUGUAGCCUACGCCAACAUGUGCCACUGCUUGGCGACGCUGAAGGUGCCCAUGGCAGACAAACCCGGCACUACGGUAAACUUCAGGAAGCUGCUGCUAAACCGCUGUCAGAAGGAAUUCGAGAGAGACAAAAUGGACGAUGCUGUGUUUGAGAGGAAGCAGAAAGAGCUUGACUCUGCAACCUCAUCCAGCGAGAAAGAGCACCUGCAGGAGGAGCUUGAGGAGGCGAAGGACAAGGCCAGGCGCCGCUCCACCGGCAACAUCAAGUUCAUCGGCGAGCUCUUCAAGCUGCGCAUGCUAACAGAAGCCAUCAUGCAUGACUGUGUGGUGAAGCUGCUGAAGAACCACGAUAGCGAGAGCCUCGAGUGCCUCUGCAGGCUCCUCACCACCAUCGGCAAGGACCUGGACUUUGAGAAGGCCAAGCCUCGCAUGGACCAGUACUUUAAUCAAAUGGGAAAAAUUGUCAAGGAGCGCAAGACAUCAUCUCGGAUCCGGUUCUUGCUACAGGACGUGAUUGACCUGAGACUGCACAACUGGGUGUCACGCAGAGCUGAUCAGGGACCCAAGACUAUUGAGCAGAUCCAUAAAGAGGCCAGAAUCGAAGAACAGGAGGAGCAAAGGAAGGUCCAGCAGCAGCUCCUGUCCAAGGAUAACAGGAGGAGGCCAGAACCGAGGGAUCAGCGUGGCCCAAGAGAAGAGACAUGGAGUACUGUACCCAUGACUAAAAACAGCAGGACUAUUGACCCCAAUAAGAUCCCCAAGAUUUCCAAGUCUCAGAUUGAUGAUAAGAUCCAGCUUGGACCAAGGGCUCAGCUCAGCUGGGGAAAAGGCAGCAGUGGAGGAGCCAAAGCUAGCAAUUCUGAAUUGCCACAUGUUGGUAGCAGCAGUUUAAAUCGCUACUCAGCUCUACAAGCGUCCACGUUGCCCUCAACCCAAACCGCGGAGCCGGACUCCAGACGCCCUAUGGCCAGCAGCCGUGGCAGCAAUGGUCAGGAUCGGAGCGAGGUGCCUUCCAGUUCAGGCCUCUCGAGGCCCUUCGAUCACAGUAGCAGCAAUAAGGAGCUGAUUCGUAAAGAAGCAGGCAGAGAAACAGAACAUACACCCCGCAAAGCUAGCGUCUCAGAGGACAGGAACAACAUGGAGAAAAGCCAAGCCAGGGAGGCCUCAGUAAAACGAGAGAGCCCAGUGACUGUGCUUCCAGCUAAGACUGUUCUUUCUGAAGAGGAGAUGGAAAGGAAGUCCAAAUCCAUUAUUGAUGAGUUCCUCCACAUUAAUGACUUCAAGGAGGCAAUACAGUGUGUGGAGGAACUGGAGCAGGUAUCUCAGCUGGCUGACUUUGUACGGGUGGGGGUGGAGUCCACACUGGAGCGUAGUCACAAGGCUCGAGAACAAAUAGGACAACUCUUGUACCAGCUAAUCCAGAAGGGCAUCCUGCUACCAGCCCAGCUUUAUGCAGGUUUAUCGGACACACUGGAGCUGGCAGAUGACAUGGCCAUAGACAUUCCACACAUCUGGCUGUACCUGGCUGAGCUCCUCUGUCCUCUGCUCAAAGAGGGAGGAAUUCCCAUCAAAGAGCUCUUCAGUGAAUUAAGAAAGCCGUUACUCCCAGUGGGCCGAGCUGGUGUCUUAAUAGCAGAAAUCCUUCACCAACUAUGCAAGCAAAUGAGCCAUAAAAAAGUGGGGGCAUUAUGGAGGGAGGCUGGACUAAACUGGAGCCAUUUUCUGUCUAAAGAGCAGGACGUCCAAAGCUUCAUCUCAGAGCAGAAUCUCGAGUUUACAUUGUCUGACUGUACAUCUGCUCACCCUGCUCCUCCAAAACCCAUUCUUGCUCAAGAGGAUUUGCACAGCCAGCUCGAGCGGCUUCUGCUGGAUGACAUGGCCAGUGACGAGCAGACCUUUGAUUGGGUGGAGGCCAAUCUAGAUGAAUCCCAAAUCAGCUCCUCUUCAUUCCCUAGAGCUUUAAUGACUGCAGUGUGUAAGGCAGCAGUUAAAGAUGACAGUUCGUCCUGCAGAGUGGACACCAGCAUCAUAAAGAAACAUCUGCCCGUGCUGCACAAGUACCUGAAUUCGGAUACUGAGCGCCAGUUGCAAGCACUUUACGCUCUGCAGGCGUUAAUAGUGACCUUGGAUCAACCACCCAAUCUGCUACGGAUGUUCUUCGACUGCCUCUACGACGAGGACGUGAUCUCAGAAGACGCUUUUUACAAGUGGGAAUCCAGUACGGACCAAGCAGAGCAGCAGGGAAAGGGCGUGGCGCUGAAGUCUGUCACGGCCUUUUUCACGUGGCUGCGGGAGGCUGAGGAAGAGUCCGAAGAGAAUUGAUGUGAGAAGGCGGCGGCCACCUCUCGAGACGUGGAGCACGCUGCCAUUACUAAUGAAAACCGGCCUCAGAACUCAAACACACUACCUACACAGAAGCUCGUCCCAAACUGUAGCGGCUGGGUUUCUCAUUUAUUGCUUCAGAAAAAAAAAAAAGCCCUCUGUGUGGGGAAGGGGGCACGUAAAGCCCUGUAUCAUAUACAGAACAUAUUUUUGCUUUGUUCUAUUAUCAUUUUUUACACAAGAGACUUAAAAUAGGUUCGGAACUCUUUAAUUUAUUAUUUUUAAGCGGUCACAUACAAAGUCCAGUCAACAUUUGCAGGUGCCCAUAAUAACAGAAACGGCAUUAGAAAUAGGACUAUAAUAAUUGAAAUUAAAUGCAUUUGGCCUCUCUGCAGUCGGACUCCAUGUAGGAGGGAAAACAACUGAUUUCCUAGUAACUUAAAUACUUAACUUUCUUGCAAAGGGUAAAACACUUACAUGCAUAAGAAGAUUACACUACAAAUGCAAGUUUAAACCGUUUCUGGGUUCUUCUGCCCGCUUGUUGUAAGAACCUGUAGAGGAAAUGUAAAACUUGUACAUACAUUAAAGGCCAUAAAAUAUGUAACAAAA